AUGGCCUCAUUACCAAAAAGAAUUAUAAAAGAAACCGAACGUUUGAUAAGUGAUCCAGUCCCUGGAAUUACCGCUGAACCGCACGAUGAUAAUCUACGUUAUUUCAAUGUUACUGUUGAAGGUCCAACACAAUCACCAUACGAAAAUGGUAUUUUCAAACUAGAAUUAUAUUUACCAGAUGAUUACCCCAUGGAAGCACCCAAAGUUCGUUUCUUAACAAAGAUUUAUCACCCAAACAUUGAUAGAUUGGGACGUAUAUGUCUUGAUGUGUUGAAAACGAAUUGGUCUCCUGCUUUACAAAUUAGAACGGUACUACUUUCCAUCCAAGCGCUUUUGGCAAGUCCCAAUCCUAAUGAUCCCUUAGCGAAUGAUGUCGCUGAGGAUUGGAUCAAGAAUGAAGAAGCUGCCAAGGCAAAGGCUCGAGAAUGGACCCAACUGUAUGCGAAGAAAGUCGACGACAAUUGA